AUGGAUCGAUUCACGAAGGCCAGCUGGAGUUUCCCUUGUAAAGACAAGGUUACCGCAAGGGACGCCGCUGUCCUCUACUACCGCGGACCCUACCGCGUCUUCGGUUUCCCAGAUGAGGUCAUUAGUGACCGCGGUCCACAGUUUGUAUCCCAAAUGAUGCAGGAAGCGGCGUCGCUGUUAAACGUCAAGUGGAAGCUGGCUACAUCAGGCCAUCCCCAGACCGCGGGCCGCGUCGAGAAUCUUCACCAAUACAUUGACCAACGGUUGAGACCAUACAUCAACCACAAUCAGGACGACUGGUCCGAGUUAUCCCAGCACUGGACGCGGGAGGUUAUCAUGGGCUUCCCCAUGCCUGGUGUGCUGGAUUGGGAGGACCGCGUGGAACCGAAGCCGCCCAAGAUGGAGAUCAAUCGACAAGAGGCUCACCAACUGAUUGACCGGUUGAAGACGUUUCAUGCCACAGCACGUUACGCCAUCAACAAGGCCCAACGGCAGCAAACCACACAGGCCAACAAGCAGAGAAGAGAACCAGACUUCGGUGUUGGAGACCGUGUCUUUAUCAUCAAAAGAGGUUGGAUAACGGACCGUCCUAGUGACAAACUCGAUUGGAGACAAACACGUAUCCCUUAUAGGAUCAAGGCCAUGAGAGGAUACUCUUAUGAGCUGGAGGUUCCUGAAGGAUGGAGAGGAGCAACCGUUUAUCAUGCUGACCGUCUGAGGAAGUGUGCCGACAACCCACUGCCUGGACAAGGUAACGAAAAUCCAGCUGGCGAGUUGGUCAAUGGUGAUCAGGAGGAGUGGGAAGUCUUGAAAGUGGUUACAUCAAAGGUCACCAGAGGAAAGUUGGAAUACCAGGUGGAAUGGAAAGGUUGGGACCCCGACCCAGAGUUCUGGCCAACGAGCAACUUUGUCAACUCAGCAGAGCUCUUGAAGGAAUAUCACGACGCGAACCAUAUGAUGCCAGGACCCCCUCAAACGGCUAACCCAAUGGUUGACGGGUGA